GCUCCUCUCUAACCGUCCGCUCUUCAGCCGCCAGCCGGGACCGCAGAAACCGACCCGGGAUCAGGAUUCACUGAAUCCUCUUAAACUCAGCCCCCUUUUCCAAAACCAAGCCAACUUGUUGAGUGUCUCAGUGAAGACGGUUGGGUGUUGGCGCAUUGAGUAGGAAAAACUCUUCAGUUGUGAGUGAGAUUCGCCAGCUUGUGAGAAAUUUCCUCGUUUUUGUCGCUGCUAAAUACAACGUGUCAGAGGUAAACAGCCUCAAGCUCGAAGAUGUCGAAGGUCUGCGCUUUGGUGUUGAUGGCACUUGUGUCGCUGGUGUUUGCAGAUGAACAGAGCCAAGAUGACCCAUUUACAUUUGACUACCACAGACUGCGUGUUGGAGGCCUGAUUCUCGCUGCUGUCCUCUGUCUCAUUGGCAUCACCAUACUACUCAGUGGCCACUGCAGGUGCAAGUUUAACCAGAACAAGAGAAGGAGGACAGGAAGCAAUGCUCAGCAGAUGCUCUCUGAUCAAGGUCGUUCCUGUGACUGCUAGAUGCCAAGCAGAACACACACACACACACACACACACACACACUGACUUCCUGAACCUGCAACCAACAGAUAACGGAGAGGAGCAGCAGCAGGAUUUCCACCAAGGGGCUUUUGUUUUAUUGUUAGACAGCGAAAGAGAGUAGCCUGUGUGUUCCUGCUGUGGGUUGUGAUGCUUUCUGCCUGAUAACUGAGCUACUGAUCUGCAGCCUGCACCUUCACACAAACACUCAGACCUACACACACUUUUACACCCAGUUUUUGUCACUUUCAUUUCAGUCAGAUGAGUUAAUUUUUUUAGUUUUCUUUUUUUUUUUUUUGUAUUUUGAGGCUGAAAAAGCUUCGACAUGAAGAAACUGACAUAUCCAACCUUUUUGAGAGUUCCUUGUAUGAAUGCUUCAUCAUUUAUCGUUGAUAGUUUUGGUUGAUUGACAUGAAAGUGACUUCAUACAAUGGUAACACAAGCCUAUUACCAAAAACUCCCUGUAAGUGUCCACAUACUAUAGGUCAUGUCAGUGUCUCGCAGUACUUCUGUAUGUGUACUGUAAACAUUCAUUUAGAUGUUAGUCGCUUACUGUGACCAACCUAACCCAUUGUCCAUGCUUUCAUGUCAAGUAUAUGAAAUCCACGUAGUCGUGAGUGUUUUGAGCAGUGUUGAUAAUUCAUGAUAAUCUGUUAAUUCCCAUGUUUAGCUUUAUGGAGGAAAGUAGUGGAUUGCACUGUUCAGAGAUAUAUAAAAACUCUGUCAUGUUUCUAUAAAACAAUUAUUGAAACAGA